ACCGCAUAAACGCGGGAGAAAGCUUCCAGAAAAAAAGAGAGGGCCAAGGGCGAAGGACGAGAAGAAGGAGGGGAAAAAGGGGGAAGGAUCGAGGAGAAGAAGGCCUCGAUCGUCUCCGAUCAUUGUUCUGAAUCGCAUCUGAAGCUCUAGAUAUGGCGUCCUCUUUGGAUUCGUGGAUAAGAGAGUUCAAUGAAGCUUCCAAGCUAGCUGAUGACAUCAGUGGCAUGAUCUCGGAAAGGGGUUCUUUGCCUCCAUCUGGACCGGAGACACAACGCCAUACAUCUGCGAUCCGGAGGAAGAUUACAAUUCUUGGGACAAGACUAGAUAGCUUGGAAUCCAUUUUGUCAAAGCUUCCGAGCAAGCAGCCAAUAUCAGACAAGGAGUUGCACAAGCGCCAAGACAUGCUUUCAAAUUUGAGGUCUAAAGCGAAACAAAUGGCAUCUACACUAAACAUGUCAAACUUUGCUAAUAGAGAAGACCUGCUUGGUCCAAGCAAAAAGUCAGUUGAUGAGAUAAGCAGAACAGCAGGAUUGGAUAACUAUGGUAUUGUGGGCUUACAGCGGCAGAUUAUGAAAGAGCAAGAUGAAGGACUUGAGAAGCUGGAAGAGACUGUCCUGAGUACAAAACAUAUUGCAUUAGCUGUCAAUGAAGAGCUGGAUCUUCACACAAGACUAAUUGAUGACUUGGACCAACAUGUGGAUGUGACGGACUCACGACUUCGACGGGUCCAGAAGAGACUGGCAGUUCUUAACAAGCGUACUAAGGGAGGCUGCUCUUGCAUGUGUCUGCUCUUGGCAGUUGUUGCCAUUGUGAUCCUGGCUGUUAUUGCCUGGCUUCUCAUCAAAUACUUGUGAGCAAUGGUUACAAACCUCAUGUUAAGCAAUUUACCGAAGUGAUUUGCUCGUUUUAAGUUGCUGAGCAUUCCAUGGAAGCAUGCAUUUUAUGUGUUGUGUGCUGGGCUGUCAUGUUUCAAAGCUGAACAAACAUAAAUUCUGCUGCUCUUAUUAAAGUAAGUGAUUUGCUUGUAUGGGCUGGAUUUGUUUGCAGUAUUCCAAUUGAUGUUCAUCACUGACUGGAAUUUAGGCCUUCUCUUUGUUGAUUGUUGAUCUUCUCUACUUGUUUCCUGUAUAAUUUUUAUAUAUAGCUCUGUUUAUGUUUAAACUCUACAAUUGUGAGUUUUUGUAUGCCUAUCCAUGGUUGUACCUGCAAAAACGUUUUAGGGUUUCUUGCUUGCGCUCUCAUAA